AUGCCUCGCGGAAACGACCAGCAGACCAAGGUGCACUACAAGGGCCAGGAGGACGACUUCAUCAUCUUCGUGGACAGCGCGAACGCGGUCAAGGAGUGGAAGGAGGACAAGUCGGUACCGCUGGCUCAGGUUGUCAGCGGGUGGAAGGUAUUCAUCACACACAAGCAUGGCAACCAGGGCAUCCUCGACUCGGCAUCCAACCUCCAGCUCGAGAACGAGUUUGGCACGCACAAGGAGGAGGACGUCGUAAAGCAGAUCAUCGAGAAGGGCGACCUGCAGGAGACCGACGCCAAGGAACGCCAGGGCGACACAAACAUCACCAAGGGCCCCGCCGUUGCUCACUAG